CACAGAGGGCUCUUGGUGCCCAGCUGCAGCCCAUGGCCAAGGAGGAGGAGCAGCCGUCGGCCCUCUCGGAUACCCAGGUCUUUCUGCUGACAUGCAUCUACCUGCCAGCCUCGCUGCUGAGCUUCGUCCCCUUUGCCUCCUCGCCCUGGCAGAUCUCCUGGCAGCCGCCUCAGUGCUGGGCACAGCCACCAUCCAGGUGCUCCCAGCACCUCUCUUCAUCCCAGCCUAUGCUGCCUGCCCCUAUGGAUGGAUGCUGGCCACGAUGUUCUAUGCGAUCUCAUUCCUGAUGGUGGUUGUCUACGCAUUUGAGUCCUACCGCAUGGUGCAUGGCUGGAGAGCCCGGCACGGUGCAGCCCUGCAGGAGGGAAGCGGGUGCCUGGAGCGCGUGUUGCAGGAGCUGCCCUACAUCCUGGCCUGGCUGGUGCCGGCGCUGACGCUCCUGGGGCAGCUCAUUGCCCGCGGUACGUCAGUCACUGACAUCGCACCGAGACACCUCGAGCCCAUCGUGCCGUGGAGGGGCAACGGCUCCCACGAGACCUACAGCCUCUACUGCUCCAGCUGCCUGCUCCUCAUCCACCGUGCCCAGGAUAUCUGCUAUGAGUAUGUCAGCAGGAAGGACGUGGGCCUGGAGGGGAAAAUCAUCUUCUUCUUGUACCUGCUGCUGGUGCUCAGCUGCUGCACGCUCCUGUACCACAGGGUGCAGCGCCGGUGCCGGAGGGACGCCGCGGAGCCGCUGCUGACACUGGAGAGGGACAGCUUUGCGGGCAGGAGCACCCGCAGCAUCAGCAGAGUCUCCCACUACUUCCAGCUGGUUUUCCUGCUCUGCUGGGCUCCAGCCUUCCUCCUCACCCUCCUCUCCUUCACCAGCAUCAAACCUACCUCCGUCUUUGCCCUCUACAUUGCCACAGCCCUGAGCACCUCCCUGCAGGGCUUCCUGCACAGCCUGGUCUAUGGGUGGCUGAGGCACAACUUCUGGCAGGAGGUGGUGGGCAAGAGCCUCUCGCUGCAGCACCCCCGGGGGCUCAGGGCGUUCUAUGAUGAGUCCCUGGGGGCUGUUCCCUAAGGCUCCACCUCAUCCCGGUGACUUCGCACUGCCUGAAGCCUCGCCAGCACCUCCACAUCCCUGCCAUGGCUGGGCAGGAAGCCCCUGGCCUUGCCCCUGGUGCUGAGCGAGGAG